AAUCACCAUCAUUUUGAAGCAGAAGAAGUGCACACUGGUGUCCAUGGAGUCCAAUAUUUCAGGGUCCUUCCUCUUCAACAACAGCUUGAACCAGUUCCCCUCAGACAUCAAGGCCCCGGUGUGCCAGUACUCCAUUCCCAACUCCUUCUACAAGCUCAGCCCCGCCAACAUCAACUCUCAGCUCCAGGCCGGCACGCCGCAUGGCAUCAGUGACAUCCUGAGUAGAUCCAUGAUGGGCGGCCCGGGAACCCCUGCACUGCUGUCCGGGUACCCCUCUAUGGGUGGCUUUGGGACAGCCGUACCCAGUCCAGGGGUUUAUUAUAACCGGGAUUACGCCCCAUCGGGACUGAGCAGUUUCUCUAAACCCGGAGUCGAAUGUUCGGGUCUGAAGGGUAAAGGCAGCAGCUGCUGGGUGGACGGAGGGUAUGAGUGGAGAGGGGCCAGGCAGCAGUGUCCCAACAGUGGCGGGCAUCACACUGAGACUGUGGGGAAAAAGAAGCACACCAGACCCACGUUCAGUGGGCACCAGAUCUUCGCUCUGGAGAAAACCUUCGAGCAGACCAAGUACCUGGCAGGACCAGAGAGAGCCAGACUGGCAUACUCACUCGGCAUGACUGAGUCACAAGUUAAAGUGUGGUUCCAGAACCGGCGCACAAAGUGGCGGAAGAAGAGCGCGACGGAGCCCAGCUCCACGCAGGCCUCGCGCGGGGAGAGCGGAGGAGACGGCUCGGAAAACGAGGUGGAGGACGAGGAGUACAACAAACCGCUGGACCCCGACACAGACGACGAGAAGAUCCGACAGCUGCUGCGCAAACACCGCAGAGCUUUCUCAGUCCUGCGCCUGGGACCGCAUCACAUCUGAGGAGAACUCAAUUCACACGCGCUACAUAACAGACAAGAGGCCUCGAAUUAUACAGAUACACAGUAAUAUAUAUCUAACCGUUCUCGGUAACACUUUCUAUUAAGUCUAUUGAAUGUUUCCACCAUUUCUGGCAAGGAAAAAGAUACAGAAAGGCUGUCAAAAUUGAACCUGCCACUAAAAAGCCCAUUAGGUGUUUUAAUAGUAUAAAUGUAAACAGUAAAAAAAUAUAAACUACAAAACAAUUUAUGAAAUGGCAAAUUAAAAUGUAAAAGGUAACAAACUAAAAAAUGUUUUGGGCUGUGGAUAUUAAUACAUUUAUGCAAUUCAUAAAUUCUAAGCUAUACGUUUAUUGUGACAAAUU